CAUCACAGAGACCUCAAACCCGACAAUAUAUUGAUUGAUAGGAACGGACGGAACGUGUUCAAAAUGACGGCUAACUUUCGGGAAGCCGUAAAAAUAGUGGACACCCCUCUCGUGCUUCCCGGUGCCGACCAGGUACGGGUGCGCGUGGUUUAUGCCGGUGCUAAUGCCGCCGAUGUUAACGUGACUGCCGGUCGGUAUAUGGUUGGCGGGACAGUGCCCUUUGAUUGUGGGCUCGACUACGCCACAGAACGCGAAUUAACUCCCGUUCCGAGCCUUAACCCGGCGUUCACGUCAAUAUUACCCACAGGUUUGACAGCUUAUAUUGGUUUGGAUGAGGCGGGACGUAUUGAAAUUGGCGAUAAAGUGCUUAUAACGGCAUCUGCCGGCGGCACCGGACACAUAGCCGUCCAGUACGCAAAACAAAAGGGUUGUUUCGUGAUCGGCAUGACAUCGUCCGGUGAAAAGGCAAAAGUGCUGAAAGGGUUGGGCGCCGAUCGAGUGAUUAAUUAUAAGACCGAAAACUUAGAUGAAGUGCUCACUAAUGAAUUCCCGAAAGGGAUUGAUGUGGUCUGGGAGACGAUCGGUGGACAGGUAUUGGAAACCCUGUUCAACCAUUUGGCACCGAAGGGACGGCUAGUCGUAUUGGGGUUCACCGACAGCUAUAAAUCUGAGAACGUCAAAGAAGUACUACGCCACGGGUAUGGUUUCCACUGGGUGGACCUGUGUAAGAAUCGGUACAGCGAAUAUAAUAAUGGUUACUUUGAUUUGGCCCCAAAAUACGUGAAACAACUGAUCGAUGACAUCGAGACCAAGAAAUUGCGUAUACUAAGGCUAACACCUCCUUUAUGA